AUGACCAUCGCAGAUGACACUCAGUCUCGUGUUAAGUCACUCGAGGAAGAAGUGGCCGAACUGCGACGUAUGGUAUCAUCUCUCUCACUCCAGAUAUCCAACCGAAAUGAGGCCCAGGAUGCGUCCAAGGGACUCUGCGAUGACACACAUACCAACAGCAACGCCGUAAGCACCCCGGCACUUUCAAAAUUGUCUCUGAUCUAUGGAAGAGGAGAUAUGCGAUCCUACCUCUCGACUCCCGAUCCCAGAUUUGAAGAAGACGCAUGGCUUUACGAUAAACCUCCAGAGUGGGCCUGGUUAAAGGGGUUCCUUCUCUGGGCCAGACAAGGUACUGAGUGGGCUUUUCCCCGCUACGUAUUCUCUUACCUACAGCAUGAAAAUGCUGGACAAUGCCCCGCCGGGGAUGGUUGCAAUCAUUGGAAAGAGGGAAGCGACCCUGCCACAGGAACUGUGAUCUUGGAAGUCCUUUGUGCUGAGGUCAACACAUUCGAGGAGUGCCUCAGUCUUGGAUCAACCCAGUGCCUUGACUUUGAGCCAAUCCACAGAAAGCCGACCGUUUUCUUCAAUGAGAUGCGGCCCAACUUCGAGGUGCUGGAAACCGUGAAGGGUAUCGACAACGAGAGAUUCGCAGUCCUGAUGUUUCGAGUCAUCAAUGACCCAGUCGGCCAAAACCAUUGGAUGGAUAAGUUUGGGAGACUCAUCGAUUUCGGCGCCUUGGAUUGA